AAACGGAUCAUCCUGACGAACGUCCUAUCUUUCCCUCUCUCCACUUUGCCCAUCACCUUGCCCAUAUUGGAACAAUUGCAACUUUCAAGGUUCGGCUGUUUGUCCAAAGCUACGUGAAAAUGAUGCGAUAAGGGCCCUGUAGCUCGGCAUCGAGCCUAUUCUGUAUUACGUACAAUACCCCCUUAUCUCCUUCCGGAUACAUUACUCCUCCCGGUACAAGCACUUAUCGUAGCGAUUCGUUGCCAUCGGAGCUUGAAGUAGCUUGAAGUAGCUUGUUUUAAGUGAGGUGAAAUGAAGUGAAGUAAAUAAGAAAAAUAAGUCCUUUUCAAAUUGCUUUCUGCUUUUACUCCUGAUCAGAGUUAUUGACUAUCGAUUGUGUCAUAUAUACUCACCUAACUAUAUGAUCUUGGGUAUCAUGAUCGUACCCAACUUGGCUCUCGUAGCCGCCGCCUGGUCUACGGCUACUCAAGCUCGAUCUAUUUCUCAAAAUGGAGCUCAAACGAUACUCCAAGAUGUAUCAGCGGAACACUUCAAUUGUGAUAUCCCGUCAGCUUUAGACCCUUCGAAAGACGGACUACCCGCUUCUAAGGAUAUCUUCUCCGGUGACGAAGCUCUACUGCUCCAGGUGAAGAGACAUGGUACCAUUGUAAAGAUCCCUACUGUAUCAUAUGAUGACGAGGGAGAACCCGGCGAGGACCCUCGAUGGGAAAUCUUUUAUGAUUUACAGAAAGCCUUUGCGACCUUGUACCCAAAUCUACACCUUCGAAUGACUCGGGAAACCGUGAAUACGUUUGGUUUAGUAUACACAAUCAAGGGGACGGACACCAAGCUAAAGCCACUCAUGCUCACUGCUCAUCAAGAUGUCGUUCCUGUGGCUGAUGUAUCAACCUGGAAAUACCCUCCAUUCUCUGCCCAUUUCGAUGGACAAUGGCUAUGGAGCAGAGGUGCAUCAGACGAUAAGAACAGUCUGUCAGCCCUCAUGUCCGCCUUGGAGACAUUGUUAUCGCAUGAAUCUUGGAUACCGAAACGAACAAUAAUUCUCGCCCUUGGAUUUGACGAGGAAUGCUCCGGUCGCCGAGGAGCCGGUGAAAUUGGCAAAUACCUCGAAGAACUGUAUGGCCCAGACUCGAUGGCCUUGCUUCUCGACGAAGGAGGGAUGGGGCUGGAGUCACUUGGAAAUGAUACACUAUACGCCCUCCCUGCGGUUAUGGAGAAGGGUCAUGUCGAUAUCUGGUUGGAGCUUUCUGUCAAUGGAGGCCACUCAUCGGCCCCAUUCCCCCACACAGGUAUCGGCAUAAUGGCCGAGUUUGUUAACCAGCUAGAGUCUAACCCGUGGAAACCUAAGCUCAUCAAGGGCUCGCCAAUUUAUAAUCACUUCGUCUGUCAGGCAAGAUACUCACCCGAUGCGGCACCAAAUAUCACCAAGUUAAUAAACAAGGGAGACUUGGAGACUUUGACCGAGGAGUUAGCAACGCUCGAUCGACCUACACAAUAUCGGAUACAAACUUCUCAGGCCGUUGACUACUUUUUUGGCGGUGUGAAGAUCAACGCCAUGCCCGAGUACAUCAAGAUUGGCGUCAACCAUCGUAUUGCGCCCCAGGAUUCGAUACCGGCUGUCAAGGCAAACAUCCUUAAGCAAAUCAAGCCCAUCGUGAAGAAAUUCGGGCUGAGUGUCAGCGCGUUCAAAGGAGAAAACAAUAACCCCGAAAUUGAGCUAGAUGAAAGUCUUGAUGGUGACGUGGACGCGAUGUAUGAGGUGGAAUAUAACGGCUCGCUUGUGCUCACGUCUUCCCAAACUACCAAGGUUGCUCCAAUCUCACCUGCAUCCGGACCGGUCUGGGACGUGUUUUCCGGGACCAUUCAACAUAGUUUUGCCUUCGACGGUGGGAAAGUCAUCCCGGUGGGAGAAUUGAUGACGGGUAACACAGACACUCGCCAUUACUUGAACUUGACUAGCCAUAUCUAUCGAUGGACACCUACGCGCCAAGGACACACUUUUGAUGCCCAUACUGUCAAUGAACGGAUUGAUAUGUAUGCGCACAUGGAAGCCCUGCGGUUUUAUUACGAUUUGAUUCGGAAUUUUGAUGCUUCGCCUGUAGCAACCGUCGAGGAACAGCAAGGCGUUGAAGAGUUGUAGGUAGUUUGUGUAUGGUAAGAUACUUUUGUAAGGGGUUGUCUGGUCCGGUAUUGGACUUGGAUGUAGCAUGGGAAUGGAAGUUUAUAUGAGAAACUUGGGCCGUAUACCUAGUAGUCAGCCAUUUGCCUUAGAGAAGGUAGUAUGGUAUCUGAGUGCCUUGGCUGUUGAUAUAAGGCUCGUUAGGUAGUGGUGGAUUUCGAGGUUAUCACUUGAGGAUGAAACUUUACGACUAAAAGUUAUUUUAUACACUUUUUUUUUACAUGAGAAUUCCUACAACGCUUCGAACUA